CUGUAACCUCAGCUGUAAUGCUAGCGGCUCAAAGUAUCCAGCUCGGCUUGAAUGAUGUUGUUGUGGCUGGUGGGAUGGAGAGCAUGUCAAACGUACCUAAGUACCUCCCAGACGCAAGAAGGGGUUCUCGAUUAGGCCAUGAUACUGUUGUUGAUGGUAUGAUGAAAGAUGGACUUUGGGAUGUCUACAAUGACUUUGGAAUGGGAGUUUGUGGUGAAAUAUGCGCUGACCAGCACUGUAUUACAAGAGAAGAACAGGAUGCUUAUGCUAUCCAGAGCUUUGAGCGUGGUAUUGCUGCACAAAACACUCAGUUGUUUGCUUGGGAAAUUGUUCCGGUGGAAGUUUCCACUGGAAGAGGGAGGCCUUCGGUUGUUAUUGACAAGGAUGAAGGACUGGGCAAGUUUGAUGCGGCCAAGUUAAAGAAGCUUAGACCGAGUUUCAAGGAGGAUGGGGGAUCAGUCACUGCUGGAAAUGCAUCAAGUAUAAGUGAUGGUGCGGCAGCGUUGGUGCUGGUGAGUGGAGAGAAGGCUCUUGAGCUUGGACUGCAUGUUAUUGCUAAGAUUAGAGGAUAUGCUGAUGCUGCUCAGGCACCUGAGUUGUUCACAACUACGCCGGCUCUUGCUAUCCCUAAAGCUAUAAAGCGGGCUGGUUUGGAUGCAUCUCAAGUGGACUACUAUGAAAUAAAUGAAGCCUUUUCUGUGGUAGCUCUGGCCAAUCAGAAACUGCUGGGAUUAGAUCCUGAACGGCUGAAUGCGCAUGGAGGGGCAGUUUCACUUGGACAUCCACUGGGAUGCAGUGGUGCUCGUAUAUUGGUCACAUUAUUGGGGGUGUUGAGAGCAAAGAAGGGAAAGUAUGGAGUGGCAUCAAUAUGCAACGGAGGAGGAGGAGCAUCAGCCCUUGUCCUCGAGUUCAUAUCGGAGAAGACAAUCGCAUAUUCAGCACUCUGAAGCCAAGAAAUGUUGUAUAACGCAUAGCUUAUGUAUAUGGUUUAAGUUUGUGUCACAAGACUGCUUAAAUUUGUACUUCAAUGCAAUAAAAGUGUGUUAAAUUGAGACGUAA